CGCCGAUGCCGAUGCCGCUGCAUUGGCCAAGCGAGCCGCACGGCAGGUCCGCGUUAUUAUUAUGGUCAGUCUAUAAAUACAGUGCCCAACGUGAGCAACGCCGUCGUGUGAGCGAUCCGGGAGAUCGAUUCGGGCCAAUUUGCCGUAGACAUCAAGGGGUAACAGGAGGAACAGCAGCCAGGAACACUACAGAGGAGGAGGAGGGCUAAGCCGGCGAAAGAUGCCGCCCAAGCGACCGCCGCCGCUCGUGCCGAAGAAGCCGAAUCCCAGCAUGAACUACGAGGUGUUGAUCUCUAACUCGUUCUACUUCGGCAUGUUCGCCUGUUGCGAGAUGGCCAUGGGCCUCCUGAAGGCCAUCAAUCUCAGCUACACGGGACACACUUUGGCUCUGGACACGGGGGUGAUGAUUAGCUUCAUUGUCUUCGAGACGAUUCGGCUGAUAAUGGGACGCGCGAGUUCGCUGGCCGAUCGAGGUUGGACAGCCAUACUGUCGGUUUUCAUGACCGCACCGUGCUUCGUGGGCGUCUCCUAUCUGCUGCUCCUGCAGACCUACCGACUGCGCCUGGAGUACUGCCUGUGCACGCUGCAGAUCGCCCUCUACCUGACCGAGGUGUGGUAUGCCAUCGUCUUCGUUUUCUCGCUGUGUCGUCCAGUAACUUAUGAUUAGCCACAUAGACAGCAACAUCAGCCAACCAGCAACAACAAAUAUACAUGCGAAAGUUUAGCAAUAUACAAGAUCGAAAAUGAAUAGGAUGAGGUGUAAUGAAAUGUAGUGGGGAUAAAUUGGAAACAGGAGGCAGCUAAAUUGCUCAUGGCCGAGGAGGAAACCAAACAGAAACAAAAAAAACAUAUGUAGCAUAUUAAACUUAUGUAUAGUAAGGUUUAUGAUAACAUACACACACUCUUAUAUACAUAUAUUUAACGGUUUUAUAUACAAAAAUUGUUAACAUUUAAGCAUCAAUUGGAACCAAUAUAAGACAACAAGCAAAAACUUAAACUUGAA